CAAUGAAAGGGACUAUUUUUUUUUCAUUGGCAAGUUUCAACCUUAGUACAUUAGAGAUGAUAAUGAUACAUGAAACAAAAGAAAAAAAGAAAUAUGUGAGAACUGUUAUUAAGGUUUGCCGUCAUUUAAUAUGUUUAAAAAGACUGUGGCAGCUUUAUCAGUGAAUAAAUCAAUUCAGAUAACACAUUGGAACAAAAUUCCAACAAAAUGGCUACUGGUAGAGAAAUAGAUACCGAUAUUCUUUCAGAUGAAAUAUUCGAUGUACUAUGUUCAAUGUGUAAAAAUAAAGGAAAACACACUGAAGGUGAAAAAUUCUGUGUAGACUGUGAAGAUUAUUUUUGUAUAACGUGUGUUCAAGUUCAUAGUGAAGUACCUGUACUAGCUGGUCACAAUGUGUUGGAUAUAUCUCAAGUUAGGUCAGGAGCCAGCAAGGGUCUGCCGAGGGGACCAACAGAGAGAUGGGGCAGACACAGUCAUAAACACAUUGAUAUGUACUGUCAGAACCAUGAUAAUGUUGGCUGUUCUACAUGUAUAGCUGUUGAUCACAGAUUAUGCAAGGAUACAUUCUACAUACCAGAAUAUAUCCAAAAUACUACUUACCAAGUUGCAUCCAGAGACAUUCAAACAAAACUCAAGGAAAUAGCCAAGACCCUUGAAGAACAAGCUGAUAUAUUUAAACAUGAUAAACAAAGGCUGUUUAAGAGGAAAGCACAAAUAAUGGCUGAUAUCAGAAAAUUCCGUCAAGAAAUCAAUGACCAUCUGGACAAGCUUGAGAAAAGUUCUAUAGAUGAGAUAGAAGAUAAAGUCAAAUGUCUGGAGGACAAUAUAGAAGAUGGUCUCACUAAGAUACAAGCAAUCAAGUCCAUGAUUACAUCAGCUAAUGAUAAGUUAGCGUCUACAAGCACAAAUCCAUCUGAAGUUUUUGUUUAUGUUAAGAUGGCGGAGGAUGCUGCAAAUGUUGCCGACAUAUAUAUAGAAAAUGGAAAAUUAAGAAGUACUGUAGAAGACGUAGAGUUUCAACCUGAUAGCGCAAUUCUUAUACAGCUACUACAUGAACAAACCCUAGGAGUACUUACAGUGAAACCUACAAUGAAUGCUGACAAUAUAUUACAGAAAAAAGGAGAACAAUCAUAUAAUGUAAAAGUUAGUACUGAUAAAAAUAGUUGUAAUAUCAGCAGUGCCUGCUGUAUGGAAGAUGGAACAAUAAUUCUAGCUGAUUUCAACAACGGGAAGCUUAAACGGUUACACAGUUGUACGUAUUCUGUCACAGACACUUUUGACCUUCCUGAAGAUCCAUAUCAAGUAUGUAUAAUCGGUAAAACACAUGUGGCAGUAACUGUGCCAUCAAAAAAGGAAGUUCAUCUCAUUUCUCUAGAAAGAGAAAUGAAAACAACACACAAGUUUAACACUGAUUUUGAAUGUUAUGGUCUUGCAUAUGCAAACAGUAAUUUAUAUAUUUCAGACAGUCAGACAUCAGUAUAUAUGUACACAUUGUCUGGUAGGAAGCUUAAUCAGUUCAGUAAGAAUCAAUCAGGACAUGAAAUGCUCAGUAACAUAUGCAGUCUUGCUGUCAAUAAGGAUGCUACAAGGAUUUAUGUUGCUGACCAUUUUAAUGGACUGAUAGUAAUGGACAGCAAUGGCCAGGUUAUUACAUCAUUUAAUGAUGAACAAAUAAAAGGGGCUAACUGUUGCUAUCUAACUGAAGUAGGUAGUGUACUGGCCCCUGGAUCAGCAUUUAAUAAUGUUUUACAGUUUACAUGUGAUGGUGAGCUGAUAGGAGAGGUUAUAAAAGAUGAUAGUGGAAAAGGGGGGAUACUUUCAGUCUGCUGUAAUCAACAAAUGUCAAAUAUGUAUAUAAGUAGAGUGUGGGAGGACAACAUUGAAGUGUAUGAUAUCUAAUAUGUUAAGUAAAUGUAGAAAAAACACAAUCAAUAAAAGUUAAAUAAUCUAAGAAUACAUCAUUAUGUAAAAUAAAAUGAUAUUUAAACAUAAUAUUUGAAAAGGUAAACAAAAUCACUAAAAAAGAUUUAAUGGUGUUAUAACUCAUUGUGAAUAUACAAGAAUGUUGUUGUGACAUUAUUUAAUGUAUCGUGUACAUUAUAUUGUAGCAUUGUUAUUUAAUAAACAAAAAACUGUUUCAAUUUAAAUUGUAUGUUGUGUAAAUGAGAUGGUGUUUAUGUGUUAAAUAAGUGUAUCAUUUAAACAUAUAAAUUUUCAGUUACCUUUUCAUACUGCUUACAUGAAAAACAGGAUGUCGGUGACAUAUAUAUCCUUUUUAACAAUAUAAAUAUCAAUAUACAAAUGAUUGUUAAUAGCAAAUAGCAAGGCUUGUUAGCUCGUACCUGGUCGUUUGUACUUAAAGAGUUUUACUAAGUCUUUGCACCUGUAAAUUGAUUUUAUCCCGCAAUGUUGCUUGUUUAAAUAAUAUUUGAAUAUAUUUCAUUUUAUUAAAGCUCAAUAUAUCCUUCAAUGUAAAACUCCCAUAGACCUAUUAUGUGUGCUGAAUAUCACCCUUUUAGGAUAUAUUCACCAGGGAAUAGUUCUUAUAUCACCCUGGGGCAAAUAACUCUUGCAUAACUCAUUUUAAGUUUAACUAGACUACAAUAUGUUUUUGGGUAUGUUUUUUGGGUGUAAGGGAGAUAACACCGAAUGUAACAUACCACCGUAAUUAUUAAUUAUUGUACAAAUUAAUCUCUUCGACUCGUGAAUGUUUUAGUGAAUUUGUUAUUUAUGUUGAUUUUUAAUUGUUUCUUUUGUAAUAUGCUGAUGAAACAGUACUCUGAGAAGAAAGGAAAACUGAUUUGCAAAACGCCUUAAAUGCUAUGAGUGAUUACUUUAAUAUAUGGAAUCUUGUUGUAAAUGAAGCUAAGACUAAAAAUAGUGUUUUAGUAAGUCAAAACUUAAGGAUGAUUUUGAUUUUAAU